AAACCUUCUGUCCCUCCCUUUUGAAAACAGACAGACCGUUAUUUGUUGUCGUUCGUUAUUGUGUACCUAGUAUUUCCUUCAAAAAUAAGUUAUUUGUACCUAUAGUAGUUGCUUGUUUUCACGCUUUCUUAAUAAUCUAAGAAUCAGUGUUCGCAAUGGCAGAUUCAUUGUUUAAUAUAUUUGGAGACCACCUCACGAGGCAAGCUAUGAAAAAUGUUUCCCGCCAGCCCUUGCAUAAUAUCGAAAAUAUGGGCAAAACUGUGUCGUCGGGCCCAGUGAAACCUAAUGAACCACUUAAAAAGGGAGAAGUAAAGAAAUCGUUUCUAAACAAUGCUGGAAAAGCUUUACAGUUGCAGGGGCUUCAAAAUAAUACUCCAGUGCGGAAACCCUUCACCCCUAGAGCUGUUAAUGUGGGUUCUAUGAUUUAUAAUGACUCUGAGCAUGAUGACAAAAGUUUCUCUAUGGAUGAUCUGCGGUUUACCAAGCCAACAUACAAGUAUGUAUCUAUUUUCCAGACAACUACCGCCAAGACCUGCUGGACUACUUGCCAAUACCGGAGCCAGAGAUCAGACAGGAAUUGUCUCCACCUAACACACCCCCGCCGGCCACCAAACCCUUCUCCAUGGAAUUUGACAACUCGUAUCAAGAUGAGUUCUUCACAGAUGACUUCUCAAGUGGAAGUCUUCUAGAUGAAGACCUUGGCCUUCCAGACUUGUAUUAAUAUUUAUAAGGAUGGUUCAAUUUCUAUUCUGUGGGUAUUGGAGUAUUCGAUGUUUCUGACUGUUAUUUUGAGGAAUAGGAAAAGAUUUUUGUCAGAUAAGACACAACAUUGGACUGAAGUCAAGCUCUUUGAUAUUGAUUUGUUGCGUAUGCACUGCAGUAUUGUUCUGGUGUAUGCAACAACAUGUGAAGUUAUAACAUGUGUGUCUAGGGCAAGUUUUUUAAUUGACUAUGCUUGCAAAUACAUUGUUUGUUGGUGUAUCUUGCAUAUUCUGCCUGUGAUUGAUAGUAAAAAAUAAUGUAGAAAAUUAAUGUAAAACUGUAAUAAACUUUUAUCUUUGAA